UGAUCAAAAGGAUGAUUUGUUGUCACCGCCAGAAAGGGUCGGUGAGUUCACUCAAAUCCGCUUAGCUAAUUCCGCCAGAAAAAGCCAAAGCGAAUCUCUGAAUGUUGAUAGUUAAAAGGCUGACAUCGUAUUAUGCAGAAAUAUGAAAAACUGGAAAAGAUCGGUGAAGGUACUUAUGGAACCGUUUUCAAAGCAAAACACAAAGAAACGCACGAGAUAGUGGCGCUGAAACGAGUAAGGCUCGACGAAGACGACGAGGGUAUCCCCAGUUCAGCUUUGAGAGAAAUUUGCAUUUUGAAGGAACUGAAGCAUAAGAACAUUGUAAGGUUACAUGAUGUAAUGCAUAGUGAAAGAAGGCUGACACUGGUAUUUGAGUACUGCGAUCAGGAUCUCAAAAAGUACUUUGACAGCUGUCAGGGAGAUGUUGACGCAGCUGUUGUCAAGUCUUUCAUGUAUCAACUUCUUAAGGGCCUGGCCUUCUGUCACAGUUGCAAUGUACUCCACAGGGAUCUGAAGCCUCAAAACCUUCUCAUUAAUAAGGAUGGUGAACUCAAGCUUGCUGACUUUGGACUUGCAAGAGCUUUUGGCAUUCCUGUCAGAUGUUACUCAGCGGAGGUGGUGACAUUAUGGUAUCGUCCUCCAGAUGUCCUCAUGGGAGCAAAGCUAUACUCCACAUCCAUCGACAUGUGGUCUGCUGGCUGUAUUUUUGCAGAAAUGGCAAACGGGGGAAGACCGCUUUUCCCUGGAAACGACGUCGACGAUCAACUGCGACGAAUUUUUAAAAUCUUAGGUCCACCCUCUGAGGAGACAUGGCCUAAUGUGAUCAAACUUCCAGAUUACAAGGACUUUUCGCAUCUUCAAGGCGCCGGGGCCGUUUCGUUUUCUGUGGUUGUACCCAAACUGUCCGCUGCAGGAAGAGAUUUGUUGCAGAAACUUUUGGUUCUUAAUCCAGCUCACAGAAUAUCAGCCGAAGACGCCAUGCGACACACGUUCUUUUCCGACCUCAGCCCAACAUUUCGUGCCUGAUGCAGUCAAAACAUAAGUAUCUUAACAGACUACGCGAAUUGUAUGAGCAGUCAUAUAUGCUUCCAAUGGAAAAUAAAAUCCUAUCGUAAUCAUAUUUUAUGUAACCUCGUGAAUGUGUACAUAUAUGUGCAAUAAAGUUUUAUCAAUGAACAGA